AUGGAAACAAAUAUGGAUAGAAACAAGGGCAUUACGGGUGAUAAUGAUGUUUCUCCACCUAAAAAAGGAAAGAAUGAAUCUUCCUUUCAAGCUGCAUUUAGCGAGUUAAAAAACUCUGCAUUUUUUGAUGAAGAAUUGCCAGGACCUUCAAACAGAGGCCCCAAGGAUUUAUCGAAAUUUAAUACACUUUCAGUCAAUUUGAAGCAAAAAGGAAAUCCACUACUAAAAUUCAUAACAAAUGUUCCUUGGGAAUUUUCCGAAAUUGUGCCAGACUAUGUAAUGGGAAAAACAAGUUGUGCAUUAUUUUUAUCAAUUCGAUAUCAUCAGCUCAAUCCUGAUUAUAUUCAUGAAAGACUGAAAUCUUUGGGAAAUAUGUAUAAUCUUCGAGUUCUUUUAGUCCAGGUGGAUGUGGCAGACCCUCAUCAUGCUCUAAAACAUUUAACAAGAAUGUGCAUUCUUGCGGACCUGACACUGAUGUUAGCAUGGAAUGCAGAGGAUGCUGGUAAAAUUAUUGAAACAUAUAAAAUUUAUGAAAAUAAACCACCAGAUGCAAUUAUGGAAAGAAGUGAUACAGCCCCUUAUCAGAAGUUGGUAAAUGCUUUAACAACAAUACGAUCAGUCAAUAAAACAGAUGCUACAACUCUUUUAUCAACUUUUGGAUCUUUAAGUGAAUUGAUAAAGGCAAAGCCAAAUACACUGGCUCUUUGUCCUGGUAUUGGAUUACAAAAAGCGGAAAGAAUUUGUAAAACAUUACACGAACCAUUUUUACAUCCUUCAAGGUCUAUACAGUAG